AGAUAAAUAAAAAAAUAAAAAAAUUAAAAUUAAGAAAAGGGGAGGAAAAAAAAAGAAACGGGCACUUUUUGUAUAGGCCACGGACGAUUUGGUCUCUCAUUGAAUGCUUUACCAAACUACUCACCAUUAUCAUCAUCCUUUUAUCUUCCAUUCCCCCUCUGCAACCACUUCCUCCUCUUUUCUCUUUUAUUGUCAUCUGCUCCUCUUCAGGUGGGAAAUAGAAAUGGAAUGCGUUGAAGGUGCUCUGAAAACAAGUUUUAGAAAGGAGUUGGGUUUCAAAUUGAGCCCGCAAGCGUUUUUUGUUGAUGAUUUGUAUGCGCUUAGUAUGCAAAACGGCACCUCGUCUGAUGACUUUAUAGUGGACGAGCUUUUGGACUUCUCUAAUGAGGAAGAAGCAGCGGUAGAAAGAGAGGAUGAAGAAGAAGAAGAAGAACAACAACAACAGAAAGCAUGCACGGCUGUUUCUGUCUCUCUUUCUCCUAACCAACAGCAAACCCAACGCCCUGAAGACGGUAAAAUUAGCGACAGUACCUCCAAUUUCGCCACGGAACUCUGCGUUCCGGCGGAUGAUUUGGCGAGUUUAGAAUGGUUAUCUCAUUUUGUGGAGGAUUCCAACUCGGAAUAUUCUACCCCUUUUCCGGCCGCCGGAAUAGUUUCUCAUGAAAAUCAUAAGGAAGAGAACGACAACAAGCCUUUCUAUGUAACACAAAAACCGGUGGUUUUAACAGAGACCUUUUUUAAGACUCCAGUUCAAACCAAGGCUAGAAGCAAGCGUACUAGAACCGGAGUAAGAGUUUGGCCUCUCGGGUCACCUUCUCUAACUGAAUCUUCUUCUUCUUCAAGUUAUACUUCUUCUUCGUCGUCGUCUUCUUCGUCUUCUUCUUCUUCAAGUCCUUUAAGUCCUUACCUCAUUUUCACUACCCAAGGAAUGAGCCGUGAACUGACCGAACCGAUAUGUUAUGAAAAAACGCCUAUUAAAAAGCUGAAGAAAAGAUUUUCCGGCGAGCCAGCCAGUGGUGGAGGCGGGUCUCAACCGCCUAGAAGGUGUAGCCAUUGUGGUGUUCAAAAGACUCCACAAUGGCGAACCGGUCCUCUCGGAGCCAAGACUCUUUGCAAUGCUUGUGGAGUCCGGUUUAAGUCCGGUCGGCUCUUACCCGAAUAUAGACCGGCUUGUAGCCCGACUUUUUGCAGUGAAUUACACUCGAACCAUCAUCGUAAAGUGCUGGAGAUGAGGAAGAAAAAAGAGGUAGUGGUUCAGGUUGAACCCGGUUUGGUUCCGCCUGCAGUGUCCAGUUUUUGAAAAAUCUAGAGUUUAGUUACAAAGCUAGACAGUGUAUUAGCUAGAUAGAGGAUAGGUCGAACCGGUGACAUUCAACCCGGUUCAUUUAGGUUCGGGUUAGUGUACAUUUCUUCUUUUUCUUUUUCCCCUCUCUUGGUGGGUAGGUUAGGUUUGCUAGUUACGUAGUCUCUAAAUUAGGAAAAGACUUUUAAUAUUGUGAUUCUCUCAUUUUUACUAGCAAGUUUUUUAUUUGAUUCUUAUA